AUCUGUUUGUUUCAAGGGCCCAAAACGCGACAAAAUAGAAAGAUCUCAUCUCACCCCUCUGUUCGUUCGGAUUCCAGAGAAAAGAUAGGAGAGAAGGAAAUAUUGGGAUGACGAUGGAAGAUCUUCAUAAGUCUGUCAUCACGGAUGCACAGGAGGAACAAAGGCGCGAGAUAGAGGAUUGAGCCACUUAAAAAACCCUCCAAUAACCAUUGUUGCAACAAGGGAGCUGGAGGAGAGAGAGAGAGAGAGACAGAAGAUUGACAGCAAGGUUAACUGGCUUCAUUAGAGUAAGGACAAGGACUUUGGCGGAGUCUUGGAUUGUCUUGUACGCGUGAUUCGCCGGUCGAAGACCUCCUAGGUUGAAGAUUUAGAACGAGCGGCCAAGAUACCGAGUCUUCGCCUGUAAAUGGCGAUGAAGAUGGCGGCUAGGGUACGGAGGGGGAGAGGAGAGACAAGAGCGAAGAAGAGCCAAUUGUAGGUUUCCUGAGAGAGCAGGAUGGGGAGAGAGAGAGGUUCUUUGUUUGGAAUUUACUGGAGCAGAUUGAGGGAUUAGGUUUUCAAAAAGAGAAGAGUUGAGAGCUUCUGAGAAGAGCCAGAAUCUAGAACUGAAGGGAGGGCAGAUUCGUGAGAGGGAGGAUUUAGCAAGAAAGAGCUAACAAAGAACAGGUGAAGUUAGAGGCAGAAUCGGGGUGAGAAAGAGAGAAAGAGGAACCUAUUUUGGUACCCGUUAGUGGCGAGAUUAAGCGCAAGAUUUUGCCUGUGCUUUUCUGGUGUUGUUUGUCCUGGAUUUCUUUCGUUUCCUACUGCUAUUCGUUCCUGCAGAAACUGCUAUUGACUGUUACCUUACCCAAAAUGAGUUCAACUAGUUCAAUAUCUAGCGGAAUUCUUCCAUCCAAAAUGCUUGGCACCUUCGAAUCCCCAAUUACUGGAGCUUCCGGUUCUCUAAGCCAGCCUGAACCAGAGUUCAAUGACAGUGGUGAGACACAGCUGCUCUCUUUGUUCUGGAACCAGGAUUAUGGCUGCUUUGCUGCUGGCACAAGUUGUGGUUUUCGUAUAUAUGACUGUGAACCAUUCAAAGAAAAUUUCAGACGUGAUCUGAAGACUGGCGGAUUUAAAAUUGUUGAGAUGCUGUUCCGUUGCAACAUCUUGGCACUUGUUGGUGGUGGAGCUAAUUCAGAGUAUCCUGCAAACAAAGUUAUGAUCUGGGAUGAUUAUGAAAGUCGCUGCAUGAGUGAAUUUUCAUUUAGGUCUGAGGUUCGUGCUGUGAGAUUAAGACGUGAUCGCAUUGUAGUGGUUCUUGAGCACAAGAUAUACGUCUACAAUUUCAAGGACCUGAAACUCCUUCAUCAGAUUGAGACCCUGUCAAAUCCUAGGGGACUGUGUUGCCUUUCUCACCAUUCAAAUACAUCUGUGUUGGCUUGUCCAGGUCUUCGUCGAGGACAGGUUCGAGUUGAACACUUUGGGCUGAAGAUGAUGAAAUUAAUUAAUGCCCAUGAUUCUCAUGUUGCUUGUAUGACCUUGACUUUGGAUGGCUUACUGCUUGCAACUGCCAGUGCAAAGGGUACAUUGAUAAGAAUUUUCAACACAAUGGAUGGAACUCGGUUACAAGAGCUACGAAGAGGAGUGGACAGAGCAAAUAUUUUUAGCAUCACUCUUUCACCAAAUGCGCAGUGGUUGGCUGUAUCCAGUGACAAGGGUACUGUUCAUAUAUUCAGUCUUAGAGUUCGAGUAUUUGGAGAUGACUCAUCCUCUAAUUCAAGUUCUGGUCAAGGUUCAGCACUUUUUAAUCAGAAUUCUUCAAAUUCUCUUGAUGCUCUUAUUUCUCGGAAUACUGGUGCCAAUCCUGGUUCAUCAUUAUCUUUUAUGAGAGGGGUUUUACCUAAAUAUUUUAGCUCGGAGUGGUCAUUUGCACAGUUUCACUUACCGGAAGAUACUCAGUUCAUUGCAGCAUUUGGGUCACAAAAUACCGUUGUUAUUGUUGGCAUGGAUGGGAGUUUCUACAGGUGCAGUUUUGAUCCUGUGCAUGGAGGAGAGAUGUUGCAGCAGGAGUAUGUUAGCUUUCUAAAAACAGACAGACGGUCUGGAUAGGUCGUCCUAUUUUCUCUACUCCGAUCUUCUUAUCCACUGUAAAUAUUGAAUUUUAAUACCAGCACUAGCAAUGUACAUAAAGAACAAACUUAUCAAGUACUUCCUUCUUGUGUAAGUCACAAGAAGCUAAAAUGCC